GACUUAUCGAUAAACGCUUACUGCUAUUGUCGAUAAACAUAGAUUUUUUUUAUUGCAGUGUUGUCAAAUAUUUUGCUUCCCAAAGUGUGAAGUGAGGUAAUUUAUACGUUUCAUAUCUGCCUUUAAAGAAACUGAAAAUAAAAUGAUGGAUUUUGAAUUACAAACUCCUGCUGGAGGUCUUAAUGGUGGUAGAGACUAUUACAUCGAUUUUGAUCCUCCAAUGUCGAGACUUUUUAUAGUUUGUAAUAAGUCUCACAAUGAGGAUGAUUUUCGUAUGGCUUUUUCCCCAUUUGGAGAAAUUAAAGACAUUUGGAUUGUUAAGGAUAAGUUCACACAUGAAAACAAAGGUAUAGCUUACAUUAAGUUCGGGAAAAUUUCCGAAGCUGCUAAAGCUCAAGAGGAAAUGAAUGGAAAAGCUAUCGGCAAUAUUUCUGGAAGCAUAAAAGUUUUAUUCGCUGCAAAUCGCAACCAAGGUUCUAGUAGAUCUGAUAUUGAGCAUGAAAAGUUUGUGCGUUUAUUUAUUCUAUGCUCAAAAAACGCAAUUGAGCAGGAAUUGCAUGAAGAGUUCAGUAAGUAUGGUGAUGUUGAAAGUAUCACUAUUGUAAAAGAUAAAACAACAGGAAUUUCAAAGGGUUGCGGUUAUAUACGAUAUACAAAGUUCUCACAUGCUGCUUUUGCUUAUGAAAAUUGUCCACAUAAGUAUAAAGCUAUUUUUGCAGAACCGAGAGGUUCUACACGAACACAACGUGAUCAUUACGGUAGAGCUAACGACGAUAUUUCUGGGCUUAAAGAUUUUAAUAGUAACAUGCAGAGAUCUUCUGCAUCGAGAGGUUCUACACGAACACAACGUGAUCAUUACGGUAGAGCUAACGACGAUAUUUCUGGGCUUAAAGAUUUUAAUAGUAACAUGCAGAGAUCUUCUGCAUAUCAACCAACAUGUUUGGAAGUUACUGUCAGUAAUCUGGUUAAUCAAGAUCAAUUAUGGCGUCUAUUUGAUAUUAUCCCUGGUUUGGAAUCUUGUCAAUUUACUAAAGAGAUUAGACCCAAAUCUUUUGAAGCUAAGGUUGUGUAUGAAAAUGCAGAAGCAGCUGCUUAUGCCAAGGAAAAAUUGCAUGGAUUGGAAUAUCCUCUUGGAGAGCGAAUUAUUAUUAAAUUAGCCGGAUUGCAAUACGCAUCAAUGGAAACAUCAUUCAUAGAUAAGAGCGUUAAUAACGAAUCCAUAGUUAAUGUCUUGUUGCCUCCUAUGCAGUCUAUGGCUUCACCAAAUGAACCUAUGGCACAACGUUUGUUUAUUGUUUUGGCUGGAAGUGUGCCCUUAUCCAUACUAAAAAAUGUAUUCAGUUGCUGGAAAGGAUUGAUUAAUAUCUAUAUGCUGCCUAAUAAGAACUGUGGAUACGUUAAGUACGCUGACAAAGACAGCGCUCAACAAGCCAUACAGGUCCUUCACGGUGCAGAAAUUUGCGGAGUUAAACUUAAAGUUUUAGAAGCUGAAGAACGCAAUUAUGGUGAUGAGGCCCAUAGAAAACGUUUACGUAGCAACUGAAUACAAUACCAACAAAUUAACUAAAAAAUAAUCAAUAAACUUACUAACACUGGACACAUUAUUAUAGCAAAA